AUGGUUUUAGUCGAUGCCAUCUUCCUUAUCGAGUUCUUACUUAGGUACUCGCACGGUGACUUGCGAGAUGAAAAUGACUGCAUCUUUGGAAUACCAAUGAUGUUCCCGGAUGUCAAGAAUGACUUGCUGAUGCUUGAAAAUCAGCUUCCACUCUUCAUUCUGGAGGACCUUUUCAGCCUAUACAAUCGUGAGUCAGGUGGAGUUGCUAAGCUACUUUCCAUACAGUUUCUUAUUGACCAGGUCAGUUGCAGUUUCGGGGUAGAGUUAAAGCAACAUUUUGUUGAUCCAUCCCAAGUAGAAGGGCAACAUUUUGUUGAUCCGUCCCAAGUAGAAGGGCAACAUUUUGUUGAUCUCUUAAGAAACCUAUUGGUGGCUCCUCUAUUAAAAGAAAAAUUGAAGGGAGAAACCUUAUCUGCAAUAGCACCUAGCAUUGAAAAGCUGCACCUGGCAGGAGGCAAAAUUCAUGGUGAGACGUCAAACCCGAACUUGUUUGCCAUAAGAUUCGAUGAUAACUGGAUUCUGAAGAACGGGAUUCCGUGUAUUCUGAAGAACGGGACUCUGAAGAUUCCAAAAUUGAGGAUAGAGGAUUCAACGGAGCUUAUACUCCGAAAUUUAAUUGCCAUCGAACAAUGCAGUAUGUCUAAAGAUCCUAUCAUAUGUCAUUAUGUUAUCCUCAUGGAUAUGUUGGUGGACAGUCCAAAAGAUGCGGAGUUGCUUGUUAAACACAAAAUUGUUGAAAAUGCUCUCUUAGGUGGCGAUGACGAGUUGUCUAGCAUGAUCAACCGCCUUUCUAGGGGGAUUGUGUGUGACACAGACGACUUCUAUUAUAGUGCUCUUUGUGAAAAGAUGGGCAAGUUCUGCAAUUCGAAUUGGCCCAAAUGGAUGAAAAAUUUGAGAAGCAAAUAUUUCAACACCCCUUGGGCAACUCUUUCUGUCGUGGCAGCAGUUGUUCUCCUCAUCUUCACGGCCAUUCAAACUAUCUUCUCAGUUUAUCCACGAUGA